CUCUCUCUCUCUCUCUCUUUCUUUCUCCCUCUCUGAAAAAAUCUCAGAAUCAAUCAUUAUCACUUUCAAGUCCAAAAGCUGAAGCAGCUCCGUGCUAGUGCAGACAUGCAGUGGCGGUUCCAGCUUCCUUAGCGCAGUCGAAUUAAAACCGAACCGACCACCAUGUCUCUGUCUCUCAGGCUCAUUCCUACUUCCUCACCUCCGCCACCAUCUCGUCUCAGAUUCCCCCUCCUCUCUCGAUCCAACCUCAGCCCAACAUCUCCCUCAAAGUUUAUGCUUUCGUCCCCAAUCCGAUGCGUAAAUGAAGGCUCCGACCGCGUGUCGGUGACCGGAGCGAGACCCAGAUGGGAAAACGCGCUCUCCGCUGCGGCGAGCCUGUACCCUCUUUACGUGAGCGUCGGCGGGGUCGUGGCUUGCCUCAAGCCCUCUGCUUUUCAGUGGUUUGUGCAGAGAGGUCCAACCUCGUAUAGCUUGUCGCUUGGGCUGAUUAUGCUGGCCAUGGGUCUCACUCUCGAGCUCAAGGACUUGCUCUCUCUCUUCGUGCAGAGACCUCUCUCGAUACUCUUUGGAUGUGUGGCUCAAUAUACUAUAAUGCCAGCCCUUGGGACCUUAAUAAGUAGAUCACUGGGGCUUUCACCUUCUCUUUCGGUGGGUUUGAUAUUGCUUGCAUGUUGCCCUGGGGGUACUGCUUCCAAUGUGGUUACUUUAAUUGCCCAAGGGGAUGUUUCUCUAUCUAUUGUGAUGACAAUUUGUACCACUCUUGGGGCAGUACUUCUGACUCCUCUCCUGACAAAGAUAUUGGCCGGAACUUAUGUUCCUGUUGAUGCCAUUAAACUGUCGAUCAGCACCUUGCAGGUGGUAGUUGCUCCAAUUCUCUUAGGAUCUUGCUUUCAAAGUGCAUUUCCUGGAGCGGUGAAGGUUGUGACUCCUUUUGCACCACUUUUUGCAGUAUUGGCAUCUUCUCUACUAGCAUGCAGUGUAUUCUCAGAAAAUGUGGUCCGAUUCAAGUCUUCAUUGCUUGGUGCUUCAUCAGCCUGUGAUAUCUCCACAUUUGCUCAUGUUCAGGCAAUAGUAACUGGUGAACUAGGGUUGGUUAUACUUUCUGUGCUACUACUGCAUUUUGGUGGUUUUUUUGUGGGGUACAUAUCCUCAGCAAUUUGUGGGUUUAGAGAACCACAAAGGCGAGCAGUAUCUAUUGAGGUGGGUAUGCAGAACUCUUCGUUAGGUGUGGUUUUAGCGACCUCACACUUUACCUCACCUUUGGUUGCAUUACCUCCAGCCAUGUCUGCGAUUGUUAUGAAUAUCAUGGGAAGCAGUUUAGGCUUCAUCUGGAGACAUAUUGAUCCAUCUAGUCAGACAACUACUCCUCAAAUAAAUGACUGACCUGAAGUUGCUGCACAACAAAAAAAGAAAAAAAAUUCUGCACUGUUGGGUAUAUGACGACCCGUAGGUCCAAAUUCUUCGUUUACUUUGAUUCUUGCUUACAUUGGACAGAAUGACUUUCAUCAAGGAGCUUACAUGCAAUUUUCAGGCUCUAAGCUAAUGCGAAGAGGAAAUGGAAGUUAGGCAAACGAUGUAGAAUUGGUUCUUUGUGGGUGAGUACGACUAAUUAUUUCUUGGAUUGUUUUCUUAUUUUGAGGGUUGCCAUGCCACAAUAGUAAUGGAGGAAACCUAGGGAGAAGGCUUUGCAAUAGACGGCACCGAAUGUCCUGUGGAAUGUCUUGUCCGCCCCUCUCUUUAAACCCAACUGCUGCAUAGGGAUUGCUAUUAACUAAUAGAAAAGACCUCCCUGUUGCCAAUCCUGUAUUAUGCAACAUGACACGAGGAAAACAUUUGGUUUCGGUGGUUUCUAUUUUUUAUUGUUAAUGUUAAACUUCAUAUGAGGACUUAGGAAAGAAAAGGAAAAAUAAUAAAUUAGGUGGAGCAGCUGGCCUGGAUGGUGACAUACAAUUUCCACAGCACUUGUUAUCACAAGAGUGUGCCACAGAAAAUGUCAAAUAAGGUGUUUGUCAUAUGCAGCUGGUGGGUGCACGAUGUUUCUGUAAAUUGUAAUAUUAAUGGUUGAAUUCAGGGCUUGAGAUUUUUA